GUGCAAAUAAAGUUUCAUCCAUACACAAAGCUCUUCACCCCACGUGUACAGUUUCAGCUGCAGCAUUGUCCACCAGCUCUGGUUCAUAUAUAGCGCAACAGCGUGCGGCCCAAGCAUACGUUACAUACAACCGAUGACCCCCACCAUGAAUGUCCUACCAAAGGACGAUUUGCCCGACUCGAAGAGUCCUGAUCUCAUCCUACGACAUCCGACUGAGGAUGAAUGUAUCACAAUCUGGAACAACACUUCCGCUGAAUGGAUCGAUUCCCUUACACCUCCCCUCUAUCUGAAAGAGUGUCGUUUCCUUACAACGGUCCCUUUAGCUAGAGAUGGGGGUAUGACUACUUGGGUUCUCGUCCACAAAGAUUCGGUCCCAAACAAACGACAUAUCUUAUGUUCGUGCGAAACUUUCAGGAAACACUCUUUGACCAGUAACACACAAGGAGAAGUCAGCAAUAAUAUCGUACAUGGAAUUGCUAGCGUCUUUUGCGCACCACCGUACCGCCGUCGUGGUUACGCCGGUCGCAUGAUGCAAGAGCUGGUUAAGGAACUGUACAGAUGGCAAACUGAUAAGUUUCCAUGCAUAGGAACCACGCUCUACUCCGAUAUUGGGAAGGAGUAUUACGCGAAGCUGGGAUGGACUCCAAAUAUCACGAACUCGCAAGUCGAAUUUCUGCCGAAGCCCAUUGCAUGGUCACCCCUGGUUAAGGCAAUCCUGGAGAACGAUCUUGACGAUAUCUGCAAGAGGGACGCAGCUCUAGUACGCUCUCAGAUGUCAGUACCUGCAGGUGAGAUCAAAAACACACGUUUUACAAUCAUGCCGAACGUGGAUCACAUGGGUUGGCACAUCGGAAAGGAACAAUUUGCGACCGACUAUCUCUUCGGGAAAACUCCAACCGCGAAGGGCGUCAUCGCAGGAUCUCCAGGCAAGCAAGUAUGGGCGACAUGGGUACAUCGAUAUUAUGGUCCUCCCGGUGCCGAGAAGUCAAGCAACGUUCUGUACAUACUUCGACUAGUUGUAGAGGGCGAUGAAACUGCAACAAGACUUCCCAGGGAUACUGCCAAAAGACCAGAAAAAGAUGUCUAUGAGACACGGAUUGAGCUUUUGAAGGCUGUGUUGCAAGCUGCACAGGCUGAAGCUGCUGAAUGGAAGCUCGAUGUAGUGGAGCUAUGGGACCCAACACCACUAGUAUUGGGUAUGCUGAAAGACAGUGAAUUGGAAUACACUAUCACAGAGCGGGAGAAGAAACAUAUUGCCAGUCUGCUGUGGUACGACCAGCAAGGUGGAAUCAGCAAAGAGCAACCAUUAUGGAUGAACAAUGAGCACUAUGCAUGGCAGUAGAACAUGCAGCGUUGGCCUAAAGAAAUUCAUGUCUAGUUUCGUAUGGUAGGUUGAUUAAUCUAAAUGGGCUUCGCGCAUUGCGUUUACGUGCCAUAUCUUUGGGGAUUGUCGUGUGAAAGGUGGCUCACUCAUGUUGCGUAGUAGACGAAUCAAGAACGAAGGCCAUGGUAGCAAUGGACAUGCAAGGAAAAGGCCUCAGUAGCGCCUCGGAAGUCUUUCUCGUGCCGCUACCGAGAUUGCGAUUGUCUUCUAAACGUAUGAGAUGUAGUUGUGGCGGUAGCUAUGUUUAGCGAUGCCAGUAAUUCCGUGCCAAGCGUCUUCGACUGCUGGGCGGUUUGGCCUCUUCAGCCUUCUGCGUGUAUCAUCAACACUCUCUAUUUAUUGUAUUAGAAGACAAACUCUCCAUUCAAUUGACCUUUCAAAG